CUCGCUCGCUUUCCCCCUUCUCUCCUCUGCACCGCAAAGCAAAGCAAACCCUUCGCCGCGGCGAUCCCACCAGUAGAUCAGCGACCCGAUCCGGCGACCUCCUCCGCGCGCGGCGGUCGGUGGGCGUGAUCACACCACCAUGGACUCCUCUUCGUCCUCGUCCGCAGCGUCCUCGUCGCAGCCCGACUUCGACUACCUCUUCAAGCUCCUCCUCAUCGGCGACUCCGGCGUCGGCAAGAGCAGCCUGCUCCUCCGAUUCACCGCCGACUCCUUCGAGGACCUCUCCCCAACCAUCGGCGUCGACUUCAAGGUCAAGAUGGUGAACAUUGCCGGCAAGAAGCUCAAGCUUGCCAUCUGGGACACAGCUGGACAGGAAAGAUUUAGGACCUUGACCAGCUCAUACUACAGAGGGGCGCAGGGAAUCAUCAUGGUGUAUGAUGUCACUCGACGAGAAACUUUCACAAAUCUUUCUGAUAUAUGGGCAAAGGAAAUUGACCUAUAUUCAACCAACCAGGAUUGUAUAAAGAUGCUUGUUGGGAACAAAGUGGACAAGGAAAGUGAGAGAGCUGUCACGAAAAAGGAAGGCAUUGAGUUCGCCAGGGAAUACGGAUGUUUAUUUCUGGAAUGCAGUGCGAAAACCAAAGUGAAUGUAGAACAGUGCUUUGAGGAACUUGUACUGAAGAUAUUAGAUACACCGAGCCUGCUGUCUGAUGCUUCUUCUGGAGCAAAGAAGAAUAUCUUCAAGCAGAAAGCCCCAGAAGCUGACGCAGCCGCAAGCGGCUGCUGCUAACAUGUUGCUAAUCUAUCAAUGAUGAAAAGCUUCUUUGUGUCAAUGUUUAUUUUGCUUUUAUUUUUCCUGUAUAUCAAUCUCCUAUGUUGAAUCAUGCAUACCCAAAACACAGUCCAUCGAUCACGCUGAUGUAGUUGUAAGAUUGAAUUUACUGAACGAUAUGAAUGCAUGUUUUCUUUUGUGCUAAAAGUUGGUAGUUAUACAACCAUAAUGUUGUUUC